AUGAAGGAUUGGAAAAAUAAUAGUUUCACAUAUAAUGAGGGAGGAGAAAUGAAUAUUUCUAUGAACCCUUCCAAGGAGAAUAAAUCAUGUAUAGAUUCUAAUAAAAAAGAAAAAAAAUCAAUUUUCGAAAAAUAUUUUGAAUUUUUAAACAAUGAUAUGAAUCCUAAUAAAGAGAUAGAAAAAACAAAUAAUGAUAUCAGCAACAAUUCAAGCCACUCCAAUGAAAUUGAUUGCAACGGUACAAAUGAAUCUACUUUUUACGAAAUAAAAAGUUCAAGAGAAUUUAUAAAGGGGAGUUUAUUAAAUUUUGGAAGUUAUAGUGAAAAUGUAGUAUCAUCAAAAAUGUCAUUUUAUUCUAUAUAUGAAUACACAGAUGAUAAUGAAGAUAUCGAUUGUAAAAUCGAAGACAACGAACAAGAACAUACAACUAUAUUAAUGAAAAACAAAUCGUAUUUAUCACUUCCUAAUAAAGAGAUAUUACCCGAAUAUAAGGAUAAUAAUGAUUACAUGCAUAUAUACGAUACAGAUCAUAUUUAUAGUGAUGAAAAAAGUGACCAUAAUGUAUCAGAUGAUAAUAUAAAUGGCGAUAAGCCAAAUGAAGAAUCUAUAACGAAAGAAAUGGGCAACCCCCAAAAAAUGGUACACAACAAUGUUGAAGAAAAGAAAAAAUAUAAAUGGUUACAGAAAAAACUAUUAAAAAAAAAAUUUAAUUUAAUAUGUAGACACAAAAUAAAGAACGAAAUAUCAAAAUUCCAAUAUCUUGGAAUUAUUUCAAUUUUAAAUAAAAAAUAUGCAUAUAUAGUAGUAAAUAAAAAAAUUGUAUUUAAGAACAAAACAAACAAUAAAAACGAAUCAUUUUUUAAAAGAAAAACAAUAAGCAAGAAUAUCAUUCCUAACAAAUAUAGCUUAUUUUGCAAAUUUUCAAAAAAGAAGGCUUAUAACGUACUAAAAACUUAUAAGAUAAAUAGACAGUAUUUUUUUACAUAUUUACACCUGUCCAUGCUCCAAAAAUAUUACAAAAAAAAAAUAGUUACUUAUAAAGGGGUAAAAAAGACAAUUUUGAAUAAAAGUGAUAGUGUAAUCAUUUCAAAAAAUGAGCAACAGAAUGAAAUUGAUAUAUAUAAUAAUAAUUCUGAUAUUUUAUGCACAAGCCAUCCUCCUAUACAAAACGAGUCAAAUAUAUCAGAAAAAACAUCAAUUUUAGAGAACACAAUUAGAAAAAUAACAAAUGAAAAAUAUGACGAUAAAAAUUCUCCAAAGAAAUUGAUGAAAAAUAAUAACAAAGGAAGAAAAAAAAAAACGACAAAGAAAAAUUACAACGUUGCUUCUGGAAAAGCAAACAUAUAUUUUGAAGGGACAAAAAAAUUCAGCGAUAAUGAGAAUAUAAAUGAUUCAAGCAAACAAGAGACGAAUAACAAAAAGAAAAGAAAAAAUAAGAAAAAAAAAAGAAAAAAAAAUAAGCAAAAUCAAAAUAGUAACAAUAAACAAAUGACUGCAUUCUAUAUUUUUGAUAAUAAAGAAAAAUGUAAUCAUGAGAUGUCAAUCAAUUCUAAUGAUUUGAAAUAUUAUAUCAAUUAUUAUCAGGAAGAAAAAACUAUUAAUAAUAAUUCAAAAUAUUCAUAUUUUUCGCAACAAAUUAUAAUUCCACCUAGUAAAGAUGAAAAUGCUACGGAUUAUAAAAAAAACAUAUAUAACUCUGAGAAAGCCAACUCGAAUAUUAGCCUUAAUAUGAUAAAAAUAAAUAAAUCUCAUAUUUCAUGUGAUGGAUAUCCAACAAGUGAUGAAGAUAUGGAUAUUUUCAUAAAUAACGAUAUGUCUGAUUCUAAAAACGGUGAUUAUAAAGUUAAAAAUAACAACCAGGAUAAUAAUUUUAUUGGAAUAAUAAACGUAAAAAAUAGUCAAUAUGCAGAUAUUGAACAAUUAUCUAAAACUAUAGAUAAAAAUAUUAUCAACAAAUAUAGUGAUAGCAAAUACAACAUUGAUGAAUAUACAAGUGGUAGCUAUGAACAUUACAAUAAAUAUAAUUUAGAAACAAACAAAAAGAGUAAUUUAGUGAUAUACUCAGAAAUAUAUAAAAAUAAUGAUGCAUAUAAAGAAAAUUGUAAUUUUGGAAAAUCAUUUGAAAAUAUAUUAAAAGAAGAAAACGAAAACAGUAAUUUAAUUCAUCAAAUAAAUAACGAAAGUUAUCAGUCAUUAUAUAAUUAUAAAAAGACAAAAUAUCGUAAAAUUGUGAAUUCAGAGGAGGAUAUAGAAAAUAAUUUAGAAAAUGAAAUAAAAAGAACUAUAGAAGAAUUGUUUAAAGCAUUUCCUGAACAAUUUUUUUUAAAUGAUCUUUAUGAAGAACAACCCCAAAAAACUACAAUUCAAUCUGAAAAUAUAAUAAUAAGAAAAAAUGACCAGGAUAACCAAAUAAUGUACAAAAAUUAUGAAAAUAUAGAAAUAACUACAACUAUAGAAAAUCACUCUAUGGGUUAUGUUCAAAAUGAGAUGAGUACUGAAUCUCAAAGAUUCGUAAAAUUCAUCGAAAAGGAUAAACAACAUAUUAUAAGGAAAACGAAAAUUCAAGGCAAAGUAAGUAGGAAGAAAUUUGAUGGAUUAACAAAAAAAAAUACCCAAAUUAUGGGGAAAAAAAUACAAAAAGACAAUAAACAAAAAUUUCAUAUGAAAGGUAAAUUCUUUUUAAAUGCAAAAACAUGGAAAAAUAAUAAAAGAAAUAAAUAUCCCUCAAAUUGUGAAGAAAUAAAAGAGAGUUAUAAAAAUGAAAAUGAUGACACUAAAAAAAUAGAGGAAAAUCCUAUUAAUAUUAAUAACGAAAAGUUAUUCGUUAAUAAAAUGAGCCAAUCAGAGGAUUCUCAAAAAAAUGAAGAUAUGGAAACAAAGGGAAUAUUACUAAGUUCUACACAGAAUUUCCCAAAUUUGAAUAAUCAAGUGCCCAUACAAAAAGAAAGUGGUGUAAUGCAUGAUAUUAAUAUGGACGAAUGUAAGAAGAAACACGAAGAUAUAGUCGAAAAACUGCCUAGAACACUAGUCGGAGGACAAAAUGUUGAUUCUGUUAUAUACAGUAAUGGAGUGGAUGCUAAUAAUGAUGAGCAAGUAGAUAAAGACAAUACAAAUGAUAACAAAAUAUAUAAUUAUCAUCAUAUGAUUACGCAAAUGAAUGAAAAUAAUAUGUCGUGCAGUAACUCUGAGGAAACAAUAGAUCAAUAUAGUGAUGCUUGUAAUAUUGAUGAAAUUCAUCAAGGACUAGGACAAGAAAACAAAAUAAACACGUUAGAAAAAAAAUGCCAAAUUGGGGAAGAAAAAACAGAAAAAACUAAAACGAUUCGAUUUUAUGAUCACAUUGAAGUAUGUGAAGUAGAAAAGUUAGGCAAAAAUACUGCAUCCGAAGAAAGUGCUAUAGUAAAAAAACUUAAAAAAAAAAAGAAAAAGAAAAAAAAGAGCAAAGAUUUGCAAAUAUACAAUAUUAGUGUCUUUGAUAAAUAUAUAGUACCCCUCAUCAUGUAUAUGAAUGAAAAAAAACAAAAAAAUGUGCAUCAUAAUCAUAUAUUAGCCAAGUUGAUAGAAUACUAUAUUGCAUGCAUUUUAAAAUUUGGAAAAUUGCAUCAAUAUAUUACCCAAAUAUAUGAUAACCAGCAUUUUAUAAAUAAUCUAUAUAUCAUGAACAAAAAAUUAAUAUGGGAAUUUUAUUUAAAAGUAAUAGUUAUUAUGAAAAAAAAAGAAUUGGCAUUGAAUAUAAAAAUAAAAAAUAGUAUAAGUUUAAUUGUCGAUUACAAAAUGAAGGCUAUACAAAUUGAAAAAGAGAAUUUACAAAUAUGUAGAACAGUAAAGAUAAAUAAACAAAUAUAUCAACAAAAUAUCGCCCAAAAAAUAGAUAAGUCUAAUAGUGCUGCUAAUGAAACCCCAGAAGUUGAUAAUACUUCCAAGACAUGCCACAAGUCAAUACCCCCUAAAGAAAGUGAAAAUAUUAAUUUAUCACCAAAUUCAAAUCAAAAUAAUAUAAAGCAAAGUUUAAAAAAAAAUGUAAUUGAUUAUAGCAAAGCAGGUAGUAACUCAACCACGAAAUUUGUCAGUUACAAUAAUAAGAUAAAAAAGGAAACCACGAAAAAAUAUAUUAGUAUCAAUUUAAUGGAUGCUAACAAAAUAUCAAACAAACAAAAUCAACAUGCAAUAAAUAUGAAUUGCGAAACAAAUGGUAAUUUAUUUGACGUUAAAAAUAGCAUGAAUAAUCAUAUAAAAACAUAUAACACUUCACAAAAUCAUAAUAUAUAUGAUUAUACAUGUAUAGGCAACAUAAAUAUUUUAAGAACACCUUUAUAUAUUCACGAUUCUUGUAACGCUAACAUAAAUAUAUUAAACACGUAUGAUAUGAAUCGUAUAGAUUUACAAAAUAUGAAAUUUAAGAAAAAUAUGCUUAUGAAUAAUAAUAAAACGAUGAUUCAACAUUGCCAAAGCAACGAAGGAACUUAUAACCCCCCCAAAAAAAAUAUAAUCAAAGUAAAUGCAUCAAAAUUAGUAUAUCCACAUGCAAAUAAACCCUACAAUAUUGAAAUGCGUCAAUGUGAGCAAUUAAAUAAAAAUACGAAAAAUGUGGACAAGAAAAAUUAUUUAAAUAGGAAAGACGCAAAAAAUUAUAAAAAUAAAAUAAAUAAUACAUACGAAAAAAGAGAUGGAUAUAUAGAUACAAAGUUAUGCAGCAAUGUGAAAAAUAAAACACUAACGUUUGAUAGAAAAUUGGCAGAAGCAAAAAUAAAAAAUGAUUUACCUGUGUCUACUAAUACAACUAAAAUAAAUAAAAUUAUUCCCAAAAUUAGUUUUUUUAAAAGAGUAUUUUUUCCUUGCAGUUUUUUUAAUAAUGUAAUAAAUGAUACAAAAAAAAUAAAAUAUAAUAAAAAUUGUGAAAAUAAAAAAAUUCAAAACAAAAUGAAUGUAAAAAAUAUAUACACAAGAGGCACCACAAUAAAUAUGAAUAAAUAUAAUUUGAAAGUAAAAAAAAUUGUUUUUCAUAAGAAAAGAAAAAUUAGCAAAAUUAAUAAAAUUAUUCAACAAACUAACAAAUAUUUGGAAAUAUUUAAUUCACAAAGCUUAAGCUUAUUUAACUCUUUAUGUAAUAAUAACUAUUUUAAUUGUCUUCCCCUUAAAAACAAAAACAUUGAAAGCUUUCAUAUAUCUUUCUUAGACUCCUUACCAAAUCAUCAUAAAUCUCGAGUAAGUUAUAUCCAAAAUACAGAAAAUAUGUGUAUAUAUAAAGAUUUUUAG